AUGGCAGUCGCGUUUCCGAUUCAGUGCUUUGUUUGUGUUGCUUUGGUGGCGGUGCGUGCGAAUGAUGUGCGGACGCAGCCUGAAAGACGAGGCUGCCCGCCGAAGCCAACGUCGAUUCUGGGGUCUUACGAUUCGACACCGAAUUUGAGCGAGAAGAAAACCCCAACGCGACUGCACCGCCUCCUCGCGGUAGGGCAAGCCGUGUUCUUCCCUUUCUCUGAUGCCUACAAAUAUUUGGUUCCCGCAUCCGUCAAGGCUCAACAGUAUCUGCCUCUUCUUCGAGCUUUGCUCGCCGCCUUACUACGCAGGCAGUGCAAAGGUGAUGGUACCGCAACAGCCAAGCGCGAUCGCAGUUCGACUGAUGAAAACACUGGAAGACUGCUGAAUACAGUUUCGGGCCUGUCAAAACGCCUCGCUCAAAUACGAAAGGAGUGA